GGUGUUUAGACUAUCACUUGAUUGCAGGAAGAUUUGCAAAAUUAAGCUGGAAUUUUGCUUUGAUUUCAUGUUUUGUGCGGGAAUUGGCAACUAAUUUUUGCAAUGGCACAGAAAAGGAGUAAGAUGUGCCCACAUAUUGGCAAUGAGCAUGUGUUGGAAAUUAAAAAGCUUGAAAAGGUAAAGUCAUGUGCAGAGUGUGAAUAUUCCGGACCGAAUCUAUGGAUCUGUCUUCAGAGAAAUUGUUUACGUGUGGGAUGCUCUGAACAAGCCAAUGAUCACAGUACUGAACAUUUUCAGCUGGAUAACUGCCAUUGUCUACACAUGAAUAUGUCAUCACAACGUUUGUGGUGCUAUUUAUGUGAACGAGAGGUGUUUAUUGACGUGAAGCCAACAUUGAUAGAGGAUCCGUUUAUAACAGCAAUGAGGUCAACGGUCGCUUCGCCAAAAUAUGAAAAAGAUAGCAGUGAUGGAAAUGAAAGUGACGAAAACGCCGAGGAAAUAUCGUCAUCAUCAAACGGACUAAUCGGACUUCAAAACAUCGCUAAUACCUGUUACAUGAACUCAGCGCUACAAGCUCUCAGUAACGUACAACCCAUGACACAUUACUUCCUUAACUGCAGUGAUCUGGUUGAACACAUAGUUGAGCAAAGUUUAAAUCGGAAUAAAGUUGGACUUGCAAAAAGUUAUCAGCGGUUAAUUCAUGAUAUAUGGUGCAAAAAGGGGAUUGGAAAAGAUUACAUUGCACCUCGUGGAAUAUUAUAUGGAAUUCGAAGUGUUCAUCCGAUGUUUCGUGGCUUUCAGCAGCAUGAUACCCAAGAGUUUUUGCGUUGUUUUAUGGACCAAUUACAUGAAGAAUUAAAAGAAAAUAGUCAUGCAUUGCCAAUAAUGUCGUGUACCAAAACUCCAAUGAUAGAGAUGAACACCUCAGAAGAACCAGUAGAUUCAGACUCUGUGUCUCUGUCAAGCUCCUUGUCAGAUUCUGAGUAUGAAACGUGUGAUAGCAGCCUUUCCCAGCAUUCUAAUCAAGUAAAAGGACAGCUAAAUACAAGUAGCGCAGAUCGUAAUCGAAGAACGCGAAAAGCACACAACAGUUCAUCGCAGCCUCAAGCAGAAGUUCAUUCAAUUAUAAGUGAUGUAUUUGAUGGAAAAUUACUCUCAUCUGUACAAUGCCUCACUUGUGAUCGCGUUUCCACUCGCGAAGAAACGUUUCAAGAUCUUUCGUUACCCAUUCCGAAUCGAGACUAUUUGAACAUGCUCCAUCAAAACCAUAGCUUAAGCGCUCAAAGUCUUAAUUCAAUUGACACUUUGGCACCUAAUAACACAGACGGAUGGUUCACCUGGUUCUGGAAAGUUUUUCGAUCAUGGCUGUGGGGCCCUUCUGUAACGUUAUAUGACUGUAUGUCAAGUUUUUUUAGUGCAGACGAACUCAAAGGAGAUAAUAUGUAUAGUUGUGAAAAGUGCAAUAAAUUAAGAACAGGAAUUAAAUAUUCACAAAUUUUGGAACUACCGGAGGUGCUGUGCAUUCACUUGAAGCGAUUCCGUCAUGAUUUGUCCUAUAGUUCGAAAAUAUCGUCACCUGUUCAUUUUCCUCUUGAAGGUUUCGAUAUGAAACCAUAUUUACAUAAAGAUUGUAAAUCAGUGGUAACAGUGUACAAUUUGGUUUCUGUAAUUUGUCAUCAUGGUACCGUAGGCGGUGGUCACUAUACAUGUUUUGCCCGUAAUCCUGUUACAGAUCGUUGGUACCAAUAUGAUGAUCAACACGUCACAGAAGUACAAGCUAGCACUGUUCAGAACUGUCAAGCAUAUGUUCUAUUUUAUCGAAAGCAUAAUCCCCAAAUGGAUCUAGUUAGAGCAAAGGCAAGUGAAAUUUCUGCGAUGAAUCCAGUCCACACGGCAGAAAUUCGAUUUUAUGUUGCACGUGAAUGGCUCUCAAGGUUUAGUACAUUUGCGGAACCUGGACCAAUCAAUAAUUGGACAAUACUGUGUUUACACGGUGGCCUUCUACAGUCUAAAAUGGCUUUGUUAGAUCAGAUUGCAGUACCUAUAUCUCAGCCAUUGUGGGAUUUUUUAUAUUGUACAUUUGGUGGCGGCCCUGCUAUAAACAUGUUGUUUGAAUGCGAAAUUUGCAAAAGAGCAGCUGAAUCUCUGAAACGACGCCAACUUUAUGAAUUAUGUGUGUUCACGAAAUUCACUGGUAUGGAUACCGAACAUGAUUGUGGCGCCAUAUAUGCCAUAUCAAUGCCUUGGCUGCGAAAAUGGCAACAAUUUGCUCGCGGGAUUACUCAUAAGGAACCGGGACCCAUUUCUAAUGCUAAUAUUGCCCUAACAGAUGCUGCUCAGACGUUACCAAUUCGACAAGUGCGGCCGGGCUCGGACUAUGCCCAGGUGAAUGCUCUUCUGUGGCGUUUCUUUUAUGGUAUUUAUGGAGGAGGGCCAGUAAUAAUGCUUCGAGGAGCGGUUACAGAAGAGAUUGAAAUCAUUGACCAAGAUGAACAGUUCGAUUCUGACCACUUAGGAGACAAAUUUGAUUUUUCUGAUACGGAAAGCAAUAUAGGAAAUAUGAAUUCUGUUGAUAUGAAUGAAUCUGAAACGAUGCAAGAAAAUUUAAUUGUAGAUAAUAGAAGUUCGGAUGACAGUAAUCGCUCGCCAAUAUUGUCUGUUCAUUAUGGCAAUUUUAAAGAAGUCAAAAAUACAAAACGUUUUGGAGGUAAUAGUAAGAAGCUACGCCCACCAUUACUUCGAAAUAGUCUACGAAGAAAGAACACAAAAAGCCGAAAUGCUAUUAAAAGUGCAUUUGGACCUACAGGUAAUUACAAUUUUCGGAGAAACUUCGAUAGCAUAGAAAAUGGUUCAGCGGAAAAAGUACACAGACAUUCCACUCAAGCAGUUGAUAUCGAACCCGACUUACAGCAAAGUGCAUUUAAUACAAAUCAAAAGCAAUCAUUCCUAUAUGAAAACAAGCCUAGAAAACCAAAUUCAAAGAGCAACUAUUCCGAGAGAAUAGGAUCAUAUUCGGAUGAAAUAAUAGCGGUGCAUACUGGACAUACUAAAAAUAGAUCGAGAAGUAAAGAUGGCGUAACUCUUCAGAAAUUUGUUCAGUUUCCGGAAUCCAGAGAGACCACCGAAACUGAUAUUUAAAGCUUUGAGACUUUCGAAGUGGGCAUUACAAUUUUUUUAGAGUUAAUUCUGUUGGGCUAUCCUUGUAUGUAUUUUUAUAUUCGUAAGCUUUUUAUAUUUACAUUGUAAAUUUAUCAAUGUAUGUAAGUAUAUAUAUACCAAUGAUGAAAUAAAAGAGAGGUUAACCAUGUUUAGUAGAAAGGUUGUAUUUUGCAAAUUUUAAGAUAAAGAAAAACAUUUUUGGGUGAACUAACAUGUAUAAAAAUUAAUUGCACUGAAUUAUCUGUUAUCAUGUGAAAAAGGCGUAUUCAAAUUGUGUUUCAUACUUCAAAUUUUUAUAUUUGUUCUACGUAACCGACAAAACGACAUAUAAUUCUUUGCAAGAAAUAUUCUUUAUUCUGUGGUUUUGUAACAMAAAAAAAAAAAAAAACAUUUUGUGAUGAUUUCCUCUAGUAAAAAAUAGAAUUUUUCUUAAGUUCUUGCCAUACCUACAUAUAUGUAUUAGCAUAAAAUUUCUUUAAAAUUUUCUACUUCUUUAUGGAGUUUAACAAAAUGCUUCGAGAAGAAAACGUAUUUUCUUUGGAUCAAACAUAAAGAAUUUAUAUGUUCUAUAUAUUGUCAUAUGUAUGCACAUGUGUAAAUUUGCUUUGUUCAUUGCUACAUUUGCCUAUUUGAAUUGUCAGUUUUUUUAAUUAUUUGCUAAGGCUUGAUUCACCUUUAGUUUAUUUCAUUGUGGUAUAUAGAUAUGGUAGAGGCUACUGUUUGCAAUAUUUCAAUAUAUUUGCUCGUUUAAAUAAAAAAAUGAAAUGUAUACGUCAUAAA